UGAAGAGGAAACAAAAACUUUUGACGCGAAAAUUUCAUUGAUAAAGGACCCGAGUUUUUGAGUCACGUGUCGUAUUUCCUUAGUCAUUGCAGUCUUUGAAAUUCUCGAGAUUUGAUUCGUUUAUUUCCGUGAAGGACAUAACCGAGGCGCCGGGAACCGAUACCUUCCGCAUCAACGACGAUAAUAUCAAGAUCUCUAGUGUCGUUGUAGCAUUUGUGAAAUUUCAUCCCUUUCAAUUGUUUUGCGAAAACGUCAGGCAUAUAAUCGGCAUAAUCAAAAUGUUUUCACAAAGAGCGACUCAACAAUCGCUGCGCCGGCGUAAGUUCCCCCGCAAUUCUGGAACCAUCCCACCUCAAACCAAGAAUCAAUAUUUCGCCCAUUUACUAACAGUCUUUAUAGUUGCUGCUGGUCAGCCAUCACUCAUCUCCCAAUUAGCCAUGAGGAGGCUCGCAGCCCCUGCAGCCAUCGGCGCGUCAAUGCAAACUAGGUUUGCCCCUCCAAUGCCCGCAAGCUUGACAACAACUAACAUUCUCCAAGACCAGUAACCACCCAAAAGUUAACUCCCAAAGAUAGCUACAAUAUCCUAGUAGAACAACGUAAACUUCGACCUACCUCCCCGCAUCUUACAAUCUACCAACCUCAAAUUCCCUGGAUCAUGUCCGGGCUGAACCGUAUCACCGGCUGUGUUCUCUCGGGAGGUUUCUACAUUUUCGGUGCUGCAUAUCUCGUUUCGCCUUUAUUCGGAUGGCACUUGGAUACUGCCAGUAUGGUUGCUGCAUUCGGAGCUUGGCCUUUGGCUGCAAAGAUUUUGGCUAAGUUCUCGCUGGCUUUACCAUUCACAUAUCAUUGUUUCAAUGGAUUAAGACAUUUGUCUUGGGAUAUGGGAAAGACUUUCAAGAACGCUACGGUUGUUAAGACGGGAUGGGCGGUUGUUGGUGUAAGUGUUGGUAGUGCUUUGGCUUUGGUUGCAUUCUUGUAGGUUAAGGUCAGCUUGGGGUGGGCGGGGCAGCAGGGAGCGCUUGUUGGAAGAACAAAUAAAGCAUGGGCAACAAUCAUUUUUGUGAGGGGGCUUGAAGGAUGCCACGGUGCCUAAAUACGUAGGUAAAACAUCAGUCGUAUUAUAUGUACGUUGAUCUUUGAUUUUCCUGGUGGCAUAAGUCAUACAGGGUAAAUUUUGCGCUGCAUGAAAAUAUAAAAUGCAAAAAUACAAGACAGCACCAUCGCCAGUAGCUCUUCAAACCACACCAGAUUUGCACCAAAACAAAAAACAGAACCCGGUCAUGGAUCCGGCUCACUAGUUCAUUAUUAGACAAUGAUAAUAUUGUCGAGUGGCAACCCAUUUGCAAAUCAUGU